UCUUCUCAAGAAGACGUAUCCAUGGUUCACACUUUCUGCAGAUGUUGACAUUUGAUGAACAGCUGCUCUUAAUCACAAGAUUUAGAAGACAGUGUCCACCCAUCCAGAUUGGAUUUCUUUUCAUAUGGAUCUUCUAUUUCUAUGUCUUUUUUAAAAAGAACUUUUUUGGGAAACAUUUUGGAUUACAACUAUUCAUCCUCAUCUAUGCAAAGAAAGGAAAUCUGUUGCUGGGAUCUUGAGGAGAUGCAACCGCCAUUCUGAUUUAUCCACCAUUAAGAAAACAAUUUUGCCUGUUCUUGAACUUCAUAUAAUGGACUCGUACACUUCUCCUAAAAGCUUAGAAGUGUUGUGAGGAAAAGUAAUGAAGAUAAGCAUGAAGCCUCCGUCUCACAGCUGCAUGAGUAGUCACUGUUGAAGCAAAUGCCUACCUAAUUUGACAGCGUUGGUGUGUUCAAAAAAUUUUGAGUUUGCAAAUAAGCAUAUUAAAUCUACUGAUGGAGCCUUCGGGCAGUGAACAGUUAUCUGAGGACCCCGAUCCUGGAGGCAAAUCCCAAGAUGCAGAGGCCAGAAAGCAGACAGAAUCAGAACAAAAGUUGUCUAAAAUGACCCACAAUGCUUUGGAGAACAUUAACGUGAUUGGCCAAGGCUUGAAGCAUCUUUUCCAGCACCAGCGCAGGAGGUCAUCAGUAUCUCCACACGAUGUGCAGCAAAUUCAGGCUGAUCCAGAACCUGAAGUGGAUCUGGAAAGCCAGAACUCAUGUGCUGAGAUUGAUGGUGUCCCCACCCACCCCACAGCUCUGAAUCGAGUCCUGCAGCAGAUCCGAGUGCCACCUAAGAUGAAGAGAGGGACAAGCUUACAUAGUAGGCGGGGGAAGCCAGACGCCCCAAAGGGAAGUCCCCAAAUCAACAGGAAAUCUGGCCAUGAGAUGACAACUGUUAUACAGUCAGGCCGUCCCAGAUCUUCUUCUACGACAGAUGCUCCUACGAGCUCAGCUUUGAUGGAAAUAGCUUGUGCUGCUGCAUGUGUACCAGGAGAGGAUGCAACUGCAGAGCGAAUCGAGCGGUUAGAAGUAAGCAGCCUUGCCCAAACUUCCAGUGCAGUGGCCUCUAGCACUGAUGGCAGCAUUCACACAGACUCUGUGGAUGGAACGCCAGACCCUCAGCGCACGAAGGCUGCUAUUGCCCACCUGCAGCAGAAGAUACUGAAGCUCACAGAACAAAUCAAGAUUGCCCAAACAGCCCGGGACGACAAUGUUGCUGAGUACUUAAAACUUGCCAACAGUGCAGAUAAGCAGCAAGCUGCCCGCAUCAAGCAGGUCUUUGAGAAGAAGAAUCAGAAAUCUGCCCAAACCAUCCUCCAGCUACAAAAGAAACUUGAGCAUUACCACCGGAAGCUCCGGGAAGUAGAGCAGAAUGGGAUCCCUAGGCAGCCAAAGGAUGUCUUCAGGGACAUGCACCAGGGUCUGAAGGAUGUGGGAGCUAAAGUGACUGGCUUCAGUGAGGGUGUGGUGGACAGUGUCAAAGGUGGACUUUCCAGCUUCUCCCAGGCCACCCAUUCAGCAGCAGGAGCUGUAGUCUCAAAGCCCAGAGAGAUUGCCUCAUUGAUUCGGAACAAGUUUGGUAGUGCAGACAACAUCUCUAACCUGAAGGACUCUUUGGAGGAAGGGCAAGUGGAAGAUGGGGGGAAGACUUUGGGAGUGAUUUCGAACUUUCAGUCAAGCCCCAAAUACGGUAGUGAGGAAGAUUGUUCUAGUGCCACAUCAGGCUCAGUGGGAGCCAACAGCACCACUGGAGGCAUUGCUGUAGGAGCAUCCAGCUCCAAGACCAACACCCUAGACAUGCAGAGCUCAGGAUUUGAUGCACUACUACAUGAGAUCCAGGAGAUUCGGGAAACCCAAGCCAGACUAGAGGAGUCCUUUGAGACACUCAAGGAGCAUUAUCAGAGGGACUAUUCCUUAAUAAUGCAGGCCUUACAAGAGGAGCGAUAUAGAUGUGAACGAUUAGAAGAACAACUAAAUGACCUAACAGAGCUCCACCAGAAUGAAAUCUUGAACUUGAAGCAGGAAUUGGCCAGCAUGGAAGAGAAAAUUGCAUAUCAGUCCUAUGAACGAGCCCGGGACAUCCAGGAGGCUCUGGAGGCAUGCCAGACCCGAAUCUCCAAGAUGGAGCUACAGCAGCAGCAGCAGCAAGUGGUGCAGCUGGAAGGGCUAGAGAAUGCCACUGCCCGGAAUCUUCUGGGCAAACUCAUCAACAUCCUGCUUGCUGUCAUGGCAGUCCUUUUAGUCUUUGUCUCCACGGUGGCCAACUGUGUGGUUCCCCUUAUGAAGACUCGCAGCAGGACGUUCAGCACUUUAUUCCUCGUGGUUUUCAUUGCCUUUCUCUGGAAGCACUGGGACGCCCUCUUCAGCUACGUGGAAAGGUUCUUCUCAUCCCCUAGAUGAUGCUGGGGGAGGAGGCAGCCGCUCCCCUAUCCUCUGGUGAGUGCAUGCAGCGCAGAACUAGACAACAAUUUAACCUACUCUGAAGUUUUCUACAACAAGAGUUGAGUGAAUCUGUUUACAUUUAGAAUAAUGUUUUUGUUUUUUUUUGUUUUUUUCUUCAAGAGACACAAUUGCAAUAGUAUUUUAUAGAUUUUAUCCAAGAAGUUUUUUUGGCAAAAAUCUUGGAUCAUUUUUAUGUAGCAUGAUUUUCCUUGGGAUGCAAAUCUUAAACAGUCCUUUCAUAUGAACUAACAAUCUGGAGCACACUGAAGGGCAUUCUACGUUGUGGCUUGAAUGACUGCACUAAACAACCCACACAAAAAUGAGAAAACCUGAUUAGGGCAAACCAUUUAAACAUAGCACCCUGCCUUGUCUGGGUUCACCACCUCUCCCCUUCCCAGACUAACUUACUGUGAAGUCCUACACAUUCCAUGUCUGAAGUGUUGGAUUCGGGGUGGAUUUUCCUGGACCAUGGAAGAAGAACACAUGGAUCCCCUCGACUCUCACCCAAGUUGGCCACUCGUGCUAAUCACUGUGGAAGUAUGGUCGCUUUGACCCUUACCUCUUCACUCGGCGAGGACACAAGAGUGAGAGCAUCACGCCCCCGCAGGAUCACUGCACAGUCCUCCUACAGUAUUUUGAAGUAGCCCUGUACAUCUUUAAUUUUACGCAAAAUCCUUUGGCCGCACUUUUAAGGUUUUGUUUUGUUUUUAAUAUGUGCAUAGUCACCAAUUUAAAAACAAAAAUCUGAACAGCAUACUUGAAGAAUGUAAUACUCAAACUCAGUGCUUCCUUAUGGUUUCUAAUAGGAUUUUUUAUUGUUAUUAUUAUUGGGUCUUUUUUUUUUUAAGGGUUGGGAGGGUCUUUUAUUUUUCUUUUGAAAUAAAGAAGUGAUGUUUUUAAAUGAAGAAAUGUGUGGAUACUUAGUGUGCUGUUCCCUCUUGUCUUGAAACAGUAAAGUAAGACUUGCUGUAAAUGCUGCCCUCUGCUGCCCUUGUUUUGAAAUGCAGCUUAAACUCCCUCCUCUGGCUGCUGCUGCUGCUUCUUGGUGCCCCUCCCACCCCUAUACCGCCACUUUUGGGGCUUGGCUUGGCUUUAUUGGAGAGGAAAGGGAUGCGUGAAAGAGAGGGAAACUGUUUCCACAGCCAACAUGGUAGGAUAAGGGUUUUAUUGGAGUCUUUUUAGCCCCAAGAAAUGUCACCCCAAUGACCUCUGACUGAAGGUGGUCUUUUAGGAAAAUUGAGAUGGUUAUAAGAGUUCUAAAUAAUUUCUUAUGUAAUAUUAAUUUAUUUUAACACCCCAUAGUUACUGAAACCAAAGUGAUGUGGAGUCUUCUGUUUGCAUUUGGCCCCAGCAUCCUUAAUUUCAAAGCUUUAUUCUGUCUGCCUAAGAGAAUCAACUGAAGGGGAUUUUUCCCUAAAGAGCAGAAAAGGAAAUGUCAGAAGGGCCCAGGUUUGGGGUAUGAACUUGGCCACUUCCUAUUAUUCUAGACUGAUUUAUUAGCAUAAGUAUGCCUAGUGAAUACGUAUAGACGGUUUAGAAAAUGUAACUGAGCCUCCUUCCCUAUUCUAUAAUCAAUUGCAUCCUCCUGGUGGAACUGGAACUUCAGAGGUUUGCCUGAAGAGCUUGGUUGAUCCUUUCACAUGUGGUGUUGGGGCACACCUGCUGUUCCUUCUUGGCCUCGGUUGGUGCAACCAAGUGAUGAGCAAGGAGUAUAUAAUAUGUCCUGGAAAGUGUAUCCGAGCAUGUUCUGCAUAUUUUCCCCGUACCAGGAAAUGCUUUUGGAAUGAGACUAGCAAUGCCCUGUCCCAAGAAGAUGGUUUCUAGGACAGCUCUGGCCUCAGUCAGCAUGUGGUUCCCAUAGUCACUUUGAUAUUUUAACUCAGGUACCCCAAUCUUUGCCCUACCCUCAGAUGAUUGUAGUACACCUUUUGGCCCUUUGGCCCUUUCAAAAUUAGCACCCAGCGCAGGGACCACAUGGGUGAGUUUUCUUUUAAAAUAUAUUUGCAGCCAAUUCAUGUUCAUGCCAAAAAUAAAUUGUUCCCAAUCCUAUUUACUUAAAGCAUUGACUUUGCCUGGAAACAUUGGGUGACCUUAGGCAGCAGUGCCAAGGGGCCCUUACGACUUAGUCACAGCAGCAGUUGCUCCUCCCUUUCUACUUUAUGGAAAUCACCGAGGAGAGAUGAGAGCCCCACAGAGUUACUGAAAAGAUGCGCUAGCUGCAGUCUUCCAGUUCUUUCUAAGGUACAACCUUUGUUUGCAUCCCGAGCUGUGGAGAGGCUUGGUGGGCUCUGUCUGUGACAGAUUUGGCCUCUGGAAGGCCUCGGGCGCUCCCAACCAAACAGGUCCACCAAACUAACUGUCCACCCUUCCUCAAAAUGUCUAGGGAAAGCCCUCUAGUCCAGAUCAGGCAAACUACUACUGACUCUCUAGCUUUCUUAUUCCCAUAACUGUUGACUAGACCCAGCAGUUGUCUGUUAAUGCUUUGUAAUCAUGCAUCUGGCUUCAUGCCCUUCUCCGACUUUUUACUUCUGUUGUCCAUCCCUCUUGAGUUGCUUUGCAUCCAGGCCAUCCUUCAACUCUCUUAUCUAUUCUAGGGAACCUCAUUCUAAUGGUUUAACUGUGGCUUUAUGGUUGGAAACUUACCCUAGCUUUAAUGCUUCUUCUCUUUAAAAGACUGUGUGCAUUCCCCUUGAAAUGAAGCAUUCCUGGAUUACUUCUAAGUGCUGGUGCCUCGUGGGGGAGGCUGUUUGAUUGGGUUGGUCUGGGUGACUGUUUGAGCUGCAGAAUGACUAACAUUUUACAUUCUUUGUUUUAAUGAUAGCUGAAGGGUAUAUCUACCUGCCCCAGUUUUAAUUCCUUGAUAUAUGUGGGUAAGUCAAAAAUUAUUGCUACUUGGGGUUCAAGUUCAUGCAUGGGUUCUUUUCCAAACAUAUCUUAAUCUGUCUCUGGAAUCAGUAAAUAACUGCAGACAAAUUCUCUCAUUAAUGCCUUUGUCUUAGUUUUGCUCAGGUGAUUUAAAAAAUUUUUAAAGGUCCAAUUGAAACAAUGACUUUCAAGGAAACCUGGGUCUAUAAAAGACAGGGCUGAAAGGUCAUCUCAUUCAGUUAUGGCAACUGUUUUUCAGGACUCCGAAGAGGCAGUCUUGACAGAUUUUAUCAAAGGACACAGGACAGUCAUGGGACCUGUGGAGAAAUGGGGAGGAAAUGGGAAGCUGCAUUGGUGAGAAAGAGGGUAGGACAGUUGUGCCAAGAAGUUUUUUCCAGGAGAGUAAUGCUUCCACUCAGUCUCUGAGGGCAGUGAGGGCUGUGCAUAGAAUUGUGUGCAGAUCCCUUCCCCCCCCCACCCUGCAGCCCUGAUCGUGCUCCCGCGGACUUUUCUUUGGUCCCCAAACUCAACAUGAUUUGACCCCCUCAAAGGUGCCCAAAUGGCUUUUUUAACAUGGUAUAAAUAAAAAUGUACGAUUCUUUGGGGAAGGGUUAGAAAGAGCGGAACACAGCCUUCAGACGUGUAUAGACUUAAAUGGAAGAUGUGUCAAGAAACUAUAGGUUUGUAUUUUGAUGUUUUUGUUUGAUAAGGACUUCUAUGAGUUUGUAGCAGUAUUUUCUGACUUACCCUCGUAUAUACUCAUUGCAUCCUAGCAAGGAAGGCUUUCUAUUAAGAAACAAAAGUCGUCUGAACUCUGCUCAGAGUGGGUUCUCCACUCUCACCUGGACCUCCACUGCCUAAUUGAGGCAAGACUCUGCUGACAAGGAAAACACUGGGAUCAAGCCUUCCUUGCUAGCCAUGUGUUGAUGAACAUAUUUUCUUGUGCUCUUCACUGCAGGUGGUUUUGUUUCUGAUACCACGUUUCUUUGCGGUACAAUCAGAUGAAAUAUUGACGUCCGAGUGAGUUCCAGUGAGGAACUGCCUUUCAGCUUUGGGGAAUAUGCAUCCCAAACCAAACCAAACCAAACAUUAUAAUAGAAAACUGACACAGGAAGAAUUAUGGUUCCCACACACCCAUCCCCAACCCCAAUAGAAAUUGGGAUUUUGAAUGUGGCUCUAAGAGUUAACAUUUCUGUCUGUGUGUUGUGUAUGCUAGGUGAUACCCUUAGUAGGCAUUGACUACUAGACUGUAAGUGUGUAUUAUCAAAGUGUGUAAGAAUAAAAACUCACUUGCACGGAUUGAGAAGUACAGCAAUGACACUUGUGAACGUGUGAACGUGAGCACUGUAGCUGAUAGAUCGUAAGCUGCUCUCUGCGGGGAGAGAGUCACGUGGAUGUUGUGUCUGUUGCUGCAGAUUCUCAGCAGCAUUUUACUGUAUAUACAAACGGAAAUAAAGACCUCAGCUACGAA